UUGCGCAUAUGUGCAGAUUUAAGGCUGGUUUAUAUUCAUAUAACAGAGUUUAGCGAUUCAAGCAUAGCGAUUGGUUGUAAAAUAGAGAAUUCUUGCAAUUAUAUAGAGACUUCAGAAAUUCCCCAUUUGACAACCAAUUGCACGUCUGAUGAAUUUGUUGUGUAAAAUGUAAGAUAGCCUUUAGCAAACACGAGAUAAAGUUAUAACAGUAAUUUCGCAUUUUUGUGUAAUGCGAUUGUAAUAAAAAAAUAUGCAAGAAAUAUUAAUUUAAAUUCUAAAAUAUAUUGGGCUUAGAUAUGCAUCCUUGAGUUGUGUAUGAAGGAUGAUAAUGCAAAAACGUCUAGAGAAGAAGUGAUGAUAUUAAAUUAUUUUCUAUCAAUUUGUCAAUGAAUAUGAAUACAACAGUCAUGAGAUAUUGUCCUCCGAACAUAACUUUUAAUGACAUUUGGGUGGAUCAUGGUGUGUCCAAGUGUUUUAUGGACACAAUCAGCACUGCUAUAAUUUCUUUAUAUUUAAUUAUAUUUGGAUCCAUCCAAUUAUGGAUAUAUCGCAAGUAUGGAACAGACAUCGAUGAGAACACAUUGCUGAGAAGCAAAUUGUAUACUUUGCAGAAGUUUUUCUUGUUCUUUGUUCCCUUCUUGAGUGUACUGAGGAUAAUUUUACAAGCUACAGUCUUGGAUGAUGGGAUGGUCUAUGGCUAUAUGAUAUUUUCGACAGUAUUAACAGUAAUUGUUUAUCCAUAUUCGAUCUAUAUUCUGAAAAUUGAAAGACACAAACUUUUACCAAGUGUACCGCCACAUGGCCAUGGAUUGGUUCUACUGGGUUUUUGGACUUUGGCAUUUGUUGCUGAAAAUCUUGUUUUUAUUAACAUUGGAAAGUUGGAAUGGUGGUUCCACUUAAACUCUUUAACAGACCAGAUUGAAAUGGCUUUAUUUGUUUUGCGUUAUGUUAGUAAUCUGUUAAUUUUUGCUCUUGGUCUACGAGCUCCUGGCAUAGCUGGUAUUUUUGAUUCUGAUUAUCGAACGCUUAAUGAUGACUCAACCUUACAUUCGCGAUAUUAUCAAAGAAGACAAGAUAAUGUUUCUACAUGGGUAAAUCUGUGGUACAAGAUUAAAGUCUUAGCCCCAUUUUUAUGGCCAAAAGAUUUCUUACUUCAGUUAAGAGUGAUAUUUUGCUUAAUGUUAUUACUAUCUGGACGUUUGAUAAAUCUUUAUGUACCAAUCUACAAUAAAAAGAUUGUGGAUAGUGUUGUGAUUGAACCUGUGAAAUUUAGAUGGGAUAUAGUAUUGAUAUAUGUGCUGUUCAAAUUUUUGCAAGGCGGUGGUACAGGUGGUAUGGGUUUAUUAAACAAUUUGAGAUCUUUUCUUUGGAUUCGUAUUCAGCAAUAUACUACUCGUGAAGUAGAAAUAGAAUUAUUUAAACAUUUACAUGGAUUAAGCUUACGAUGGCAUCUUGGGAGAAAGACUGGUGAAGUAUUAAGAGUCAUGGAUCGUGGCACAGACUCAAUUGAUAAUCUGCUUAAUUAUAUUCUUUUUUCAAUUAUGCCCACUAUUAUUGAUAUUAUAGUCGCUGUCAUAUUUUUCGUCAGUGCAUUUAAUAAAUGGUUUGGUCUCAUCGUUUUAACGACUAUGAUUCUCUAUAUUGCUGCUACGAUUCUAAUCACGGAAUGGCGUACAAAGUUCCAAAGGCGUAUGAAUUUGGCUGAUAAUGCUCAAAAAGCACGUAGUGUUGACAGUUUACUUAAUUUUGAAACAGUGAAAUAUUACACUGCCGAGACAUACGAAGUGGACAGCUAUAAUGCAAUCUUAGAUUUUCAAGUACAGGAGUGGAAAUCGAAUAUUACAUUAAAUAUUUUGAAUACUUUGCAAAACAUAAUUGUCUGUGGUGGUUUACUGUCUGGAUCUUUGCUAUGUUUACAUAUGGUUGUUUUCCAUGAAGGUUUAACGGUUGGGGACUACGUCUUGUUUGCUAGUUAUAUAAUACAACUUUAUGUACCAUUAAAUUGGUUUGGAACAUAUUACAGGGCUAUUCAGAAGAAUUUCGUGGAUAUGGAGAAUAUGUUCGAACUGCUCAGAGAAGAGCAAGAAAUACUAGACGCACCAGGAGCCGAAAUAUUAGAUGUUAAGCGGGGACAAGUGGCGUUUCACAAUGUGUCGUUUGGCUAUACCCCGGAAAGAAUCGUGCUUAGAAAUAUUAGCUUUACCGUCCCUGCAGGAAAAACUGUCGCAUUUGUUGGUCCAUCUGGUGCUGGAAAAAGUACCAUCAUGCGACUACUAUUUCGCUUCUACGAUGUAGAACAAGGCGAGAUAUUAAUCGACGGGCAGAAUGUGAAAACCGUUAAACAGAAGUCUCUGAGAAGUGCCAUAGGUGUCGUACCGCAAGAUACAGUCUUAUUCAACAACACUAUAAAAUAUAAUAUUCAAUAUGGUCGUAUUGAUGCACCGGAAGCAGAUAUAAUCGCUGCUGCAAAACAUGCGGAUAUCCAUGAAAGGAUCCUCACGUUUCCAAACGGUUAUGAAACACAGGUCGGUGAAAGGGGACUUAGGCUCAGUGGUGGUGAGAAACAACGCGUCGCAAUUGCUCGUACAAUAUUGAAAGCACCUAAAAUAGUGCUACUGGAUGAAGCAACGAGUGCUCUAGAUACACAAGCGGAGCGUAAUAUACAAGCAGCAUUGAAUAGAGUAUGCGCUGGACGAACUACUAUCAUAAUAGCGCAUAGAUUAUCUACGAUUAUUCAUGUAGACGAGAUCAUUGUCCUUAAAGAUGGCGAAAUUGUUGAAAGAGGUAAACAUGAAGAAUUAAUUUCAUGUAAUGGUGUUUAUAAUGCAAUGUGGCAGGCGCAACUUGAAAAUAAUCAAGAGAAUGAUGAGGAUGAGGAAAGUUCUUCUAAACAUGAAAAAAAUGCGACGUCCUAAUUAGUAAUAAGUAAAAAUCUAUAAUAGAGUUUUAUUUUAUAUAUAAAUAUUAUAUGUAUAUAUACACAUACA